ACUUGACAGAUGCGCGCGCAUGUUCAAAAUGGCGAGCGAAUUGUUCAUAAAUCGCUGUCAUUUUUAAAUCUACGAAAAUCACCUUGUAUAAAUGGCGUAAAUCGCGGAUCCUGUAUUUCUUGUAAAUUGUACAUAGUUCGUUGUAUAGUUAGUGAUAAUAUUUUGUGUUGUGGUUAUGCUGCAUAGUGUAAAAAAUCGCGACUGAUACUUUGUGUUUGUGUACAGUGAAAAUUAACAAAGCCGACGCCGAGACGUACAGAACAUUGGAUUUCUCCGAGUGUAAGAUUUGUUUGUGCAAGAGGAAGUCGCAAACUUAGCACAGUGACACCAAUGAAGUGGCUAGGUACUGGGGAGGGAGAUGGUAUAAUAAAAGUUGAAAUGGACAGGGGCCAGCACCGUUCUCAAGACGACGCUGCCGUUGGUUACGUUUUUCAAAGGCCCCCUGAUCCUGACUUCAACAGUUUUGGUCCCAAACCGAUUCGCUGGGCCCCAGGGGAUGACAGCAUCAUCGAAAACCACGAUAAGUGGAAGUACCCGCCUCCCCCACCAGCGCCUCAACAACAGCAUCAACCGAUGCCGGGUGGAUUGCCUAAAUUACCCGGUGAGCCACUUGCGCCUCUUGGAGCCGGCUCCUAUAUGGCCAUCAACCCCUACGAGAUGACCGGACUCGGCGGAGCUAAGCCGGAGCAUCUGGUGUACAUGGGCGGCAUGCAGUAUCUGGGGCAGCCGGCAGCCGGGCAGCUCAUUGCGGGCGGCGUGCAAGGGCAGCAGCUGCAGCCGAGGUUGGCGCAACCACAGGUAGGAUGUUUCUCUAUUCUCGCGUCCGAUGCGUAUUUCGUCCUCUACCCGGACAUUCCGUUAAUGGAGGUGGGUUUACGACAGGAAGCCUUAGUACUCGAGAGGAUAAUAAAAUAA